AUGGGAUGCCGAUGCCCUUCGACUAACUUCCACCUUGCGUGCAACCUUUCUCUCUUGUCAUCAUCACCCAUUCCCCCAACCACCGUCACUUUGGAGGAUACUUUGGAUAAAAUAUCAGCUAUACAGACUAUGCGUAUCACUAUUAGCAUUUACAAUCCCCAAGGGGAUGACCAAGACAACCUCUUGACCUUAGAGAUCUUUCCCGACAUGACCUUAGCUACCCUUCGCGAAUCAAUCGAGGCUGAGACACGAAUCCCGGUGGCUUCGCAGCACAUCUACCAUAAUGGUAAACUUACAUCGGACGACUCAAAAACUAUGGAAGGCUUGGAGAUCAAAGAUGGAGAUAUGCUAGCUAUGCACGUCCGAGGAGCGACAAACACGCAAGCGGCGGCGACCCAGCGUGCGAACCAGCCGCCGCCACAGCAGCAUCAGCAGCCAGCCGCACAACGAGCUGCUGGAGCAAACGAUCCAGAGCUAGUUCGUCUCCAGAUUCUUGGUGACCCCAAUUUCAGACAGCAGCUACAGCAACAGCAACCAGAACUUGCCGCCGCACUGAACGACCCUGCUCGGUUUGCGGAGCUGCUGCGGAACAACCAGGAGCGUGAACAGCGGGAGCGGGCGGAGAGACAACGCGAGAUAGCACGACUAAACGAUGACCCUUUCAAUGUUGAGAAUCAACAACGCAUCGAAGAGAUGAUUCGACAAGAGCGAGUCAUGGAGAACCUACAGAACGCCAUGGAACACAACCCCGAAGUGUUUGGUCGGGUUCAUAUGCUGUAUGUCAAUGUCGAAGUCAAUGGCCACAAAGUUAAGGCAUUUGUCGAUUCCGGAGCCCAAGCUACCAUUAUGUCACCUGCAUGCGCAGAGAACUGUGGUGUCAUGAGACUUGUCGAUACACGGUUUGCCGGUGUAGCUCGAGGUGUUGGAACGGCGAAGAUUAUCGGCCGCGUUCAUUCUGCACAGAUCAAGAUUGGCACCCAGCAUUUGCCGUGCAGCUUUACAGUCAUGGAAGGGAAGGGCAUUGAUCUGCUCCUCGGACUUGACAUGUUGAAGCGCUACCAAGCUUGUAUUGAUUUAUCUCGCGACAUGCUCGUCAUUCAAGGACAGGAAAUCCCAUUUCUCGGUGAAGCAGAAAUUCCAAAAGAAGAGGAGCCAAACCAAGACGAGCCCACGAUUCCUGGGCCAGCUGGCACCGCAAUCGGGCAGCAUUCUGGUGCUGUUCAAGCGCCAUCAUCAGCGCCAACGCAGGCUCCUGCCCAACCAUCACAGUCAACACCUGUUCCAGCAGCUCAGUCGGCCACACAGCCUGCAAGCACAGCCAGCAGCCUCUCGCCCGAACAUAUCGAUACUUUGGUAGGGAUGGGUGCAACACGAGAACAAGCCAUUCAGGCCCUUCAAGCCGCUGACAAUAAUGUCGAUGUGGCAGCAGGCUUGAUUUUCUUUUGA